GAUUUUCGAAUGCCUGCGCCAAAGUGAAGUAAAAUGCCUGGAUACAUCGUCGUACAUUCCGUCUUAGGUAGGUAAGCUCACACGGCACGUCCGGAUAGGCAACCUACCUACAUACGUGCCUACCUAGUAUGGUGCUCUGUCACUUGAGGUCUGUAUCCGUCCGCGAUGAGCUCUGGGCUACUAAGGCGCUAGGACCAUGGGAUUACAUAGCUUCCCCGCCGCCCCCCCACUGGAUUGACAUCGGAGUGCCUCCUCCAUUCACGUUGCGUUGUGAGCCGUCCCGCCUGGAUCUACUUCCACAAGCUACCGUACGCCAACAUCGACCUUCCUUGCCCGACCUCUCUGACCUUGCUUGACCGCAACGGCAUCUUCCUCACCUCAACUUUCUUCUGCCGCUGUGCUGCCGCCAUCUUGCGCCAACCUCCUCCGACCUUUCAACUGCAGCACUUGAUCCCUUGUCGUUUUCGUCGCCGUCAAACCGAACUUCGCCUCAUCUUGAGACUACCAUCAUCCUUUCGGACUUUUUGGCAGCUGAGAGCCGCCAGCAGUCGCUGAGCCGCUGCUUCCUACUUCGAUCCAGCAAAUAAUCCUCUGCCUUCGAGUACAUGCGGAAACAUACAUCGUAUCCUAUUCACGCCGUCUAUCCUCGAUUUCUUCUUGGCAUAUCGUCGACUACCUCGACCCCAGACCGCCGCCGCUGAAUCUCUUCCUGCUUGCGCCACUGAUCCCGAUCCUCUACCAGUGUGGGGCUUGGACGAGCAUCUAUCGCGACGUGCAUAGUAUCGCGAACACCUAAACCCGCAAAACCUGCCCAAUAGUGUGAGAAGUCACAUUUGGGUUGCCUGGUCCUCAUCGAUUGCCGGCGCUGCCCGGGCGUUACAGAACCUGCUGUUCCAGAAUCGUCGUCCGCAUCUCCACCGUGAUCCGAGCAGCGCACCAUGGCGAAUACCGCCCUCAACUUUAUUACCUUUAAUCAGGACCAUAGCUGUCUGGCCGUCGGUACUUCCAAGGGUUUCCGAAUCUACCACACCGACCCGUUCUCCAAAAUCUUCAGCAGCGAUGAUGGCAACAUUGCUAUUAUUGAGAUGCUAUUCUCGACAUCUCUUGUCGCCCUGAUCCUGUCCCCUCGACACUUGAUAAUACAAAACACAAAGAGAUCCUCAGUCAUCUGCGAACUUACCUUUCCAUCAGCCGUGCUCGCCGUGCGUCUCAACCGGAAACGUCUCGCCGUGGUUCUCGAAUCCGAAAUCUACUUAUAUGACAUUUCUAAUAUGAGCCUUCUCUUCACGAUUCCCACGUCUCCCAACCCAGGCGCAAUUUGCGCUCUAUCACCUUCUUCAGAGAACUGCUACAUUGCGUAUCCUUUACCGAAACCUCGGGAGGACUCAGGAGACAAAAGACCAGCCCAUGCGCCUCCCCUUUCAACGUACGUUGCACCGACAUCAGGAGAGGUUUUGGUGUUCGACACACUCACGUUGAAGGCUGUGAAUGUCAUCGAGGCUCAUCGUUCACCACUGUGCUGCAUCUGCCUCAAUAGUGAAGGAACGCUCUUGGCCACAGCAAGCGAGACUGGUACCAUUAUCCGCGUCUUCUCGGUCCCGGGAGGUCAGAAACUCUACCAGUUCCGCCGGGGAACCUAUCCCUCCACUAUUUACAGCAUGUCUUUCAACCUCAGCUCUACCCUUCUCUGCGUCUCCUCAACUUCCGACACAGUUCACAUCUUUCGUCUCGGAGCCCCCCCUCCAGGCAACAAUUCCGCUGCCGCCGCAGCAGAGACACCUGCUUCACCUCGCCAGGAUCGCUGGUCGAGGUCACGCAGCUAUGACAGCAACAAUGAGUCGCCUGUGGGGAGUGCGGCUGGUUCUCCACGAAGCGACCUGGCGGAACCCGCUGGGCUAGGUAACGGCGGCUCUUCUCAUCCCCAGCAACAGAUCAACAGGCGGCAAAGUGGCUCCUUUAGUAGCAUGCUCCGGCGCUCGUCGCAGAUUAUGGGUCGCAGCGUGGCCGGCGUCGUUGGCUCAUACUUGCCGCAGACGGUGACAGAGAUGUGGGAGCCCCUCAGAGACUUUGCGUACAUCAAGAUUCCAAAGUCUUCUAACGCACCGACGGGCCAAGCCCGUGGGAACAACAACGGGAGCGGGUCGCAGCCGCUGACUGGCCCGCUUCGAAGUGUCGUGGCCAUGAGCAGCAGCAGUCCUCAAGUAAUGGUAGUCACUAGUGACGGUGGCUUUUAUGUGUACAAUAUUGACAUGGAGCAUGGUGGAGAGGGCUACCUGGUCAAACAAUUCUCAGUCAUUGAUGGCGAUGACAAAUUAGACGCGUCCUCGUACGGCACAUGAAAUGCUGUUGACGUUGCUCAUGAAUUGAGAUGGUGAAUUGAAGUUGGGACUGGUGGGAGUAGAAGAUGGGGGCCCCGAUUCAGCAUUAUGAGGCGUCCGGACAAAUUUCUCUAUCUAUCUUCUCCUACUUCCGUUUAUCUUGGUCUGUACCCAAAGGAGGCGGCAUGGUCCACGAGGAGGCUACGGCACCUUGCAUUCUUGACGCAGGUUAUUUGGAGCAACUUACUUGCCCAGUGGCUGACUGCUACGAAAGAGCGCGCAUUUGUUUGCUCGAGUGCCAAUUACACAUCAGACUAAUUGCUAUCAUGAGUCCCACAAGUAAAUCUGUGGUCUACGGCACAGGAUCGGUUCAGAUCAUAUACUAGACCAGCAGCAGUACCUUCUCGUCAUGAAAGCAUAACCAAGU